AUGUUCUCCGAGGACUCCGCCGCAGAGGGUUCUAUCCUCAUCAAGUCCAUCAUCAUGUACAGCUCAAGUCCGCUCGCCUUCCACAUCAUCUGCGACCACGAUGCACGACAGUACCUUGAGCGACGCCUCCGUCUCCUCACCCACCCGCAGCAUGACAUCAGCGUGCAAUUCUAUCGGAUACCUCACGAAAGCAUGGUCGCGCGUAUCCAACGCGAAGGUGCUCUCCAUACCGACCACUCCGCCGGCGUCCCGGGCCUGAUGAAGCUCUUCAUCCACGAAAUACUCCCGCCCUCCGUCGAGCGCGCCAUCUUCGUCGACACCGACGCGUUCUUCAUCGCCGACCCCACCCAGCUCUGGGACCGCUUCGACGCGUUCAAGCCCGGCGCCGCGGUCUCCAUGCCCUACCACCCGGACCAGUACGCCCCGGAGUGGCACCACGCGAACAGGAUCUGCAGCUGCGUCAUGCUCCUCGACCUGAAGCGCCUCCGCGAGCUGCGCCUCAUGGACUCCGCGUUCUACCGCGAGCAGUCGCUGGGCGGCGCACCGAUCCCCAACGGCCCACCCGCGCUCGCGCCGCCCGCGUUCGAGGCGAUGUACGGCCCCCCGGUGCCGGACGGGGACUCGGACGCGGGGCGGAGGAAGUACGACGGCGUCAAGCUCGGCGACCAGGGCUACUGGUGGGCGAUCGUGAGCCACCGGCAGGACGUGUUCGAGCCGCUCAGCUUCGACUGGGAGGUGUCCAGCUGCCUGAUGGACAUGUACAGCACUGGGCUCGGCACGGACGACGCGGAGGAGGAGGCGGAGGUCCGCCACCAGGUGCACGUGGACGAUACACUCGAGCGGGGGCGCGCGAUCCUCCCGAAGAUGCUGCAUUUCAAUUGUCUCCAUGGUGCACGUUACUACGAGUGGUCGAAGUGGACGGACCCCAGCGACGGGCUGGCGCAGCGCUGGGGUCCUGCUGUUCAAUACCAUGCCGGCUUCAAGUGGCUCUGGCUUAACAACCCGUCGUCGAACGCGUCUCUUGCGAUCCACACGGUGGACGACGUCAAGUUCGCUGACGAGCUUCUCGCUCAGACUGCUAGCCAUGCCUGA